UCUGCCCCCUCUGUCCGUGUCUGUGCUCUGGCUUCGCUGGAUGAAUGAAAAUUGCAGUGGGUCGACUCCGCGCGCCGCCUCUCCAGCCGGCGGGAGAGCCUCGCGCAUCCCGGCCUCGGAGCUGAGCGGACGAGAGAGCUGGGAGGGGGAGCAGCAGCAGCUUCUACUUUCGUUCCCUCGCUCCGUCUCUACCUCCGUCUCCCUGAAAGGGGACGCCUGUAGAUGGAGCAUUUCUGGGCCUGCCGGGGGGCGCGCUAAGGGCUCGGAGGGGCAGGGGGAAAAGAGACGGGGAGGAUGAGCAGCUACUUGGAGGAGAGGCUCCGGGAAGCUGCUGCCCUAGGCAAUCUCGAGGAGGUGCGGAUACUGGUCCGCAACGGGGUAGCGGUGAAUGCGCAGAAUGAGGUCAAUGGCUGGUAAGAGGCCCCCCUCUUCCUUUCUCCCAUCUGCCUCCGGGUCGGGUGCUUUCGUUUCUCCAACUGGGAGGGCAGACGGCAAACUGCUUCCUUCUCCCCACGUUCCAACAUGCAGCAACAGCAGGUGUCUUUAUUUGCCCUUGAAUUACAGGACAUGCUUGCAUUGGGCAUGCAAGCGUAAUCAAACUCAUAUAGUUAAGUACCUGCUAGACCAUGGAGCCAAUAAGGGGAUUUUUACAAAGAACAGAGACCUGGCAGCCCAUCUGACUUCAAAAAAAGAAAUCAGAAAACUUCUUGGAGCUCCUGAAGUGGAAGGUGGUGAUAAUCAAGAAGUAAAUAAUUUAAAACUGCUGAGUGGUAUAGCAAACUGUCUCACCAAUGAAUCAUUUCCAGCGAUUUACCAUCAAAAAGGGGAUGGUGCUGCUCUUAUGGGUGCUCCACCCAGAGAAAAUAAUUCUGCCACACCUCAUUUAUCUGCUGGUGAAACUAGCCUUUGUUUAUCAACAGUUCAAGCAGAAAACAAUGAUGUAGUGAUUUCUUUGCACAAAGAAACAGAACUCUCUGGGAAACACCUUUGGGUUGAAGAACUCAUUUCAUCCGUGGUUGCAGAAGCAUCCGAAGAUAUAAAGUCUAGCGUUCAAAGCUCUAUUCCCUCAUUUUUUUCAUCUGCACAUCACAACAGAGAUCACUUGACUUCCUGUCCAUCUAGACAACACAUGACUAAUCAAACAAAUGAUGCCACAAUGGAUGCAGAGUCUGCAUUACAGCCACUGCUUUUCAGUAGAACUUUUCCAUGCAAUAUGGACGAAUUGGUGCUUAAAGUAAGAGUUCAGAAUCCUAAAGAAUAUGACUUCAUUGAAAUUGAACUGGACAGAAAACAACUGAAUUACCAGGAUCUACUCAAAGUGUGUUGCUGUGAGCUGGGAAUUAAUUCUGAACAAGUGGAAAAGAUUAGAAAGUUACCUAAUACAUUAUUGAGAAAGGAUGAAGAUGUGGCCAGGCUUCAGAAUUUUCAAGAGCUGGAGUUAGUUUUAGCGAGAAGCAUCACAUCUUCUCUCAGAAAUGCUGCAGUAACAACUCUGGUAGAAAAAACUUGCUACAACAUCAAAGCAGCAAACCUUAUAUAUUGAAGUUUAGGAUUUACAGGAAGGAUAGUGAAUAUUCUAUUUUAAGCUAUUAUUAAACCUAUUUUUUAAAGUUUCAUAUAUUUUCAGUUAAUAUGCAAUACUUUGUGUUUGUACUUAAUAUUGUUGGAGUUGCCACCAAAUUCCUAAUCAGCAUAAGCACACCAGAAGUCUUAUGUGCAAUCUGUCCUAACUACCUCCCCAUACGCAAACAAAAAAAAAUCCUGCUUUGUAAUUAUAAUCAGUUAUUUCAUUAGCAAGUUCUUGUUCCCUUAGUCAAUUACUCUGAUCCUGUUGACAUAAGUUGAAUCCAUUAUACAGUGGUACCCCAGUACUCAUCAUUACUUGGUUCUGGGAGGUGUGACGAAUACUAAACAAACAAACCAUGUUACUAAUGUGGCAUCAUUUGUGUGGAAAGGGUAGCGAGUCACAAGGCAGCCAACACCAACAAGUUCUAGCAUGCAUCCAAUACCAAACAAACGAGCACUGGGGCAAAAUUUUCACAUCAAAAUGCAUUGAGAACCAAAUUACCAUGAGUUUCAAAGCAGUCAAGUACCGAGGUAUGAUUAUAGCCAGGAAAAGAUCCAUAGAAAAUAUUUGUGUUCUUGCCAUUAUUGAUCCUUUUUAUUAACGAUUGUCUAGUGUUAAAAAUAAUUCUAGCCCAUCUUUCAACCAACUCUGGGUGACUCCAAAUCAAAAAUUAAGACAAAAAAAUGUAAAAACUAUAAAACUCAGUUAAAACACGACAAGAAAAAACUGGCACCAACCCAUCAUGCAGAUUAGCACUGGCCCUUCAUCAUGGGCCUCCCCUGCAAUAGUCCUUGCUUUAUGGAAUAUCCUCCCCAUGGAGAUUAGAAUGGUCCCAACCCCGUUAGCCUGUAGUAAAGCUCUAAAACUCUGGCAGUGUUCUUGAACCUAGGGUUCGAAAUGUGCUAAGGGCCCUGUUUUCUGGCUUUAUUGGCCAAAUAUUUUGGCUAGUUAAUUUAUUUUGGAUGUUUAUUGCUUUAAAAUGUUUUCAUUGUACCGUGUUUAUAUGUACACACACACACAAACACAAAUAUAUUUGGACUAAUGAGGCGUCAAGCUAGAAAGUAGGCAGUCCCACUUUAGCCACGAAAGCCAGGUGGGUGAUCUUGGCUAGUCACUCUCUCAGCCCAACCCAUCUCACAGGGUGGUUGUUGUAAAGGAAAAAGGAAGAAAAUGUAUUGUAUUUGCUGCCUUAUUUGUAAAACUUGAGCAAUUGAGAUGGGCAGCUAUAGAAAUAGAAUAAAUAAAUCAUCUAAUCUCCCAACUCUUUGGGGAGUCAGGUCUUUAAAGCCUUACAGAGGGAUAAAAGAGUGGAGGCCUGCCAAACCUCAUGGGGCAAGGUGUUCCCUAGGGCAGGAACUCCAUGGAAAAGUCAUGCUUCCUAUUCCCCAAUACUUGGGAAAAGAGAUUAAGUGUGCCUACCCUAUCUAUCUGGUAGACAGAUGAUUCCACACGUAGCCUGGCCCUGGGCCAUGUAGGCUUUAAAGGUGAUGACUAGCACCUUGAAUUGCAUCCAGAAAGAAGUUGGAAGCCCGUGCAGCUUGUGCAAUUGGUGUUACAUUGACAAAACCCAGGGCCCCCAUUACUGUAUGCAUCGCUGCAUUCUGGACCACAUAAGGUUUCUGGGUGGUCUUAAAAGGGUAUAGAAUGUAAUCCAGAUGGAAGGUGACCAAGGAAGAGUCAAAGAUGAAGAAUCAUCUGGUCAAGGUGGUGCCAAAAACCCAACCCCUCCCAACUUGCCAAGGAUGAGCCAAAGCCAGUUCCUCCCGACGCAGAUCCUUACAGCAUUCAGGCACUCAGCCAGCAUCACUUAUUUGGCUAGGGGUGGAAAUAUAUAAUUAUUAUCAGCAUACCAAUGGUACAUAAUCCAUACCAAUAGAUGCUAAAAAGAAUCGAGACGAUCGAGCACUGAGGCACCUCACACUGCAGGUGAGGAGGAAGAACCACUGUAAACCAGUGCGUCGUCCUGCCAAUCCUCCAAUGCCAGUCCAAAUGAACAUCAUGGUUAAUGGUACCAAAAGCCAGAAAGGUUACACUGCUACCUCCAUUUCGAGCCCUCCAAAGUUCAUCAACAAGUGCCCAAUAUGGUUUCAGAGUUGUGCCCUGGCCUGAAUCCAGAUUAAAAAGGGUCCAGAUAAUCCACUCCAACCAGAGCCCUCUGUAGCUACCUGCUAACAUCCUUCAAUAACCUUCUGUAUAAAGGGAAGAUUGGAGACUAGAUGAAGGUUAUCCAAUACUGUGGAUCCAAAGAUGGCCACUUGAGAAGGGGACCAGUGCCUUCUUCAGGGCAGGCAGUAUCAUCCCCUCCUGCACAGGCAUUAAUCAUUGCUUGGAUCCAACCAUGUUACCUUCUGGGAGAUCUUAACCGGUCUAGGAGGGGCAUGGAUUGUGAACACAAAUGGCCGGAAUCAAAGCCCCAAGGACCAUGUCCCCUUCAAGAGCAACUGGCUCAAACUCUUCCCAGAUAACAAGGCUCAAAUAUGACUUUCUCACUUCCAAGGGGUUUGCUCAGCCACAGUAUGAGCAAAGUCAAGUGACUUUAUCUGAUAGAUAUUAACAUUAUUCCUCACAGUGACCCUGCAAGGGUUCCCCUGGUUACUCCUUACCCAGGAGAAACCUGGUUACCUGAAACAGGACUACCUGUGGGGUCCCUGCAGAUGCAAUAAGGGUGGAGAAGUAAUUUAACACUUAAUUUUAAUUUAAAAUAUUAAUUUGAAUUUGAACUUAAAUGACUAUAAGACUGAAUAACAAAACAGAAAACCUAGCGGAGAAAUCCUUAGUUUUGCUUAAUUACUGUUCCUUAGAAAUUCAGAUAUUACUUAUCUUUUCUUCAAUUCAAUAGUUCUGUUGAAAAAUUAAAAUCUUUUCUAUUUUCCAUUCCAUAAUAAAGUUGACUAUUUCAAACAUUAAACUUUCAUUUUAAUAUUCGGUUGAUUGUAUAUCAAUCAUUAUUUAUAAUUGGUUCCAAAGCAGCUAAUUGUUGUUCACCUGUUGUGCCUUUGCUACCAGCCAACUGGACGCAGGGGCCAGAGGGAAGUGGGAAAGGAGGGACACACCCCUUAACUUUCCCUGUGUCAUACAACCUACAGGUUUCUGGGAAAUAUAGUCUGAAGGCACAGUACUGUAAUGCUGAAGCAGCCAUAAUUUGUGUGAAUUUUCUAUAUCAAAAUUAAUUUACCACCCAUCUUGCGAUUCAAGGAGACACUGAGCAGCUUACAAGAUAAAACAUGCAAACAUUCAACAAUUAUAAAUAAUGUGUUCUGGAUGUUAUUGGAUGCGUCCACAGGUAUUAUUGAUAUAUUACUUUUGUGUACAAUAGGCAUGUAGUCUUUUAGAAUAGUCUAAGCCGGUGGUUCUCAACCUGUGGGUCGGGACCCCAUUUGGGGUCGAAUGACCAUUUCACAGGGGUUGCCAAACAACGCAGUCCGCCAU